CAAACUUCAGCACUUGGUCCCUUUUCUUGGAUUGCUUGGAAGGAGACAGUGUGGUGGCAGCCGCUGGGAACUGUUGUGACCGUGUUGUUGUUGUAAACUCUUGAUUUUAAAGCGACAGUCAAGGAUCAGACUUUGUCAAUGUUUGGGAUUCAAGAUACUUUAGGACGAGGACCAGCUCUGAAGGAGAAGUCGCUGGGCGCGGAGAUGGAUUCGGUGCGCUCCUGGGUCCGGAACGUCGGCGUGGUGGACGCCAACGUCGCGGCGCAGAGCGGGGUCGCCCUGUCCCGGGCUCAUUUUGAGAAGCAGCCCCCUUCUAACUUGAGGAAAUCCAACUUCUUUCAUUUCGUCCUGGCGCUCUACGACAGGCAGGGGCAGCCGGUGGAGAUCGAGCGCACGGCCUUCGUGGACUUUGUGGAAAACGACAAAGAACAAGGCAACGAGAAAACCAACAAUGGCACCCACUACAAGUUACAGCUGCUCUACAGCAAUGGUGUUCGCACAGAGCAGGAUCUCUAUGUCAGGCUCAUUGACUCGGUCACCAAGCAGCCUAUAGCAUACGAGGGCCAGAAUAAGAAUCCAGAAAUGUGCCGAGUUCUGUUGACGCACGAAGUAAUGUGCAGUCGCUGCUGUGAAAAGAAAAGCUGCGGAAACCGAAAUGAGACGCCUUCAGACCCAGUCAUCAUCGACAGAUUCUUUUUAAAAUUUUUCCUCAAGUGCAAUCAGAAUUGUUUGAAAACAGCAGGAAACCCGAGGGACAUGAGACGGUUCCAGGUUGUGCUGUCAACAACAGUCAAUGUGGAUGGACAUGUGCUGGCUGUUUCUGACAACAUGUUUGUUCACAAUAACUCCAAGCAUGGACGGAGAGCAAGAAGACUCGACCCAUCAGAAGCCACUCCCUGCAUCAAAGCCAUUAGCCCAAGUGAAGGCUGGACCACAGGAGGAGCCAUGGUCAUCAUUAUCGGGGACAACUUUUUUGAUGGCCUCCAAGUAGUGUUUGGAACCAUGCUUGUAUGGAGUGAGCUAAUAACCCCUCAUGCUAUCCGAGUACAGACUCCUCCUCGACAUAUCCCUGGAGUGGUGGAAGUGACAUUAUCUUACAAAUCCAAGCAGUUCUGCAAGGGAGCUCCAGGAAGGUUCAUUUACACAGCCUUAAAUGAACCCACCAUAGACUACGGCUUCCAGAGACUGCAGAAAGUCAUUCCGAGGCACCCUGGGGAUCCUGAGAGAUUAGCUAAGGAAAUGCUGUUAAAAAGAGCUGCAGACCUCGUGGAAGCACUGUAUGGCACACCACACAAUAACCAGGACAUCAUUUUGAAGCGAGCUGCAGACAUUGCUGAAGCCCUCUACAGUGUCCCCAGGAAUCCGAGCCAGAUUCCAGCCCUUUCCAGCUCCCCAGCUCACAGUGGCAUGAUGGGAAUCAACUCCUACGGCAGCCAGCUUGGGGUCAGCAUCUCAGAGUCAACUCAAGGAAAUAACCAAGGAUACAUCCGCAACACAAGCAGCAUCUCUCCGCGGGGAUACUCUUCAAGCUCCACACCUCAACAGUCUAACUACAGUACCUCGAGUAACAGUAUGAACGGUUACAGCAAUGUCCCGAUGGCCAACCUGGGCGUCCCAGGAUCGCCAGGAUUCCUCAAUGGCUCACCCACAGGCUCCCCUUAUGGAAUCAUGUCGUCAAGUCCCACCGUCGGAUCCUCCAGCACAUCAUCCAUCCUCCCGUUUUCCUCUUCAGUCUUUCCUGCUGUCAAACAGAAGAGUGCCUUUGCCCCUGUCAUCAGGCCUCAAGGCUCCCCUUCGCCAGCCUGCUCCAGUGGCAAUGGGAACGGAUUCAGAGCCAUGACUGGACUUGUCGUGCCCCCGAUGUAAAGAAGAGGAACUGCUUUCUUACGGCACAACACGAUUUACUCUGAU